ACCUAAGCCUCCUUUGCUCUGUUCCGUCUUACCUUCCGCCUUCAGACCCCCCUCCUCGUCUGGCAACACCUCCGCCGUCUCCUGCGCCGCCGCCAUGGACGCCGCCACCGCAAGCCGCCUCCGCGCCUUCGAGAGCUGGAUGCGGGAGCACGGCGUCGUCUGCAGCGACGCGCUCCGCCUCGACGCCAGCGAGGCCGGCGGCGUCUACGUGCGCGCGCUCGCCGCGCUCCGGGAGGGCGACGUCGUUGCCACCAUCCCGCGCCGCGCGUGCCUGACGCCGCGCACGUCCGGGGCCGCGGCGGCCAUCAAGGACGCGCAGCUCGGCGGCACCCUCGCUCUCGCCGUCGCCGUCAUGUACGAGCGCGCGCGGGGCGCCGACUCGCCGUGGCACGACUACCUCCGCCUGAUCCCGGACUGCGAGCCCGUGCCGCUCGUCUGGCCCGAGGACGAGGCCGCGCGCCUCCUCGCCGGCACCGAGCUCGAUAAGACAGUGAAGCAAGACAGGGAAUUCCUUUGUGAGGAUUGGAAAGAAUGUAUUGAGCCACUCAUUUCUUCUGGAGAAUUGGGGGUCAAGCCAGAUGAUCUUAGCCUGGAGAAAUAUUUUGCGGCUAAAAGUCUUCUUUCAUCAAGGUCCUUCCGUAUAGAUAAAUAUCAUGGUUCUGGAAUGGUUCCCCUGGCUGACCUUUUUAAUCACAAGACUGAUGGCGAACAUGUUCACUUCACUAAGUCAGACGCCUCAGACUCUGAUGAGGAAGAAGAUGGUGAUGAUCAAAGCAAUACGGACUUAGAUGAAGAAGGUGACGAUGAUCAAAACAAUGUAGAAUUAGUUGAAGAAGAAGAUGGCGAUGAUCAAAGCAAUGCUUCUGCUGAUGAACAGUCAACUGUUGAAAAUUCCACCGCCAAUCCUUCAGGUGAAGGAUCUAAUGAUGAAGAUUUGGAAAUGAUUAUUGUGAGAGAAGCCAAUCCAGGGGAUGAGGUUUAUAAUACAUAUGGUACCAUGGGAAAUGCUGCUUUGCUUCAUCGGUAUGGUUUUACAGAACUUGACAACCCCUAUGACAUUGUCAACAUCGACUUAACACUGGUCACUAAGUGGUGCUCAUCCAAGUACUCCCAUCGAUAUGCAAAAGCAAGGGUAUCAUUAUGGCAUAUGCUAGGCUAUUCAGGCUGCACCAGCGAAGAUGCCGAGUACUUUGAGAUCUCAUAUGAUGGAGAGCCCCAGCUUGAACUUCUAAUCCUCCUUUACAUCAUCUUCUUGGAGCCUGAAGUUUAUGACAAGUUGGUCUGUGUAUCUGAGGAUCUGGUUGGUGAUGAUGACCAGGACGAUGAGCAGGAUACCAUCGACAGUUUUGCUAAGGUUGUCAAAGUAACAAGACCCGCCAAAAAUGGGGUCGAAAAACUGCCUGAUGUGAAGAAGCUACUGCAGAGUGAGGGCAUUGGCUCUGCACUUGCAUCCAUUGCUGACAUUAGGGAGAGCCUCUAUGGUUCCAGCACUCUAAAAGAUGACGAGGAGAAGCUCCGAGCAUGCUCUCCCGUCGGCGAAAGGAGCAUUUACCAUUCUCUGGUGUUGCGUGUGAGUGAGAGGAAGAUACUUGGCAGAUUGAGGAAACAUGCCUCUAGUUGGCCAAAGACCAAGAAGAGGAAGCAUACCUAGUGUUUGAAUUUUGUAGCCAGCAAGCAGCUGUAACUUUUUUGCCUUGUUAAGAUGUGUUAGAUUUUGAAAUGUUAGGAUCCUCGGGUUAAUUUACGUCAGGCAUUUGUCACUCUUCCUGUAAUGGUUUGACUUGUAGUCCCUUGUUAUUUUUCCCCUUAUAAAGGUCAGACCAUUUGAGAUGCACCCUUAGAGUUUCAGUAGUUGAGACAUGCCAGUUUGUGAUGCUAUGUUUACCUUGAUUUAAGGUUAUAUUGAUUCUAUUCCUUUUA